AUGGCAAGUGAUGGAACUGAUCUUGGCCGUAAAGAUCUCGUCACUGGCUGGCAUGCUUAUUAUCCAGAUGUCGCGCCCCCGAUGACAUUCGUCUGUCGAGAAGCAAGAGAGGAGGUAAAGAAGCAGUACAAAGCCUUACAUGGAAACGAUGGUUCUCCCGCAAUAUGGUUCAAUCCAAAAACUGACAUUAUCGCAUUUCGAAAUCGAAACGACCGAUAUUCCAGAGCUCCAUCCGUUCCCAAUGAAGUCUGUAGAGAGUUGUGUAUCACUAGAAAAAUCACAAAAGUGUUCGUUGAGCAAGGCGUUAACAUAUGGCUCGACUCUUUUCUGGGAGCAGAAGAGAUAUUUAUUGGUUUGUCAGGUUUGCCUCUCAAUUUCGAGAAGAGGGACAUCCCAUAUGUUAGAUACUCUCUAAAGCUUUGGGAACAUCAAGCAGAAGCAGAGCGUGUUGCGCAUGACCUCGGUGCCCCUAUUUCUACGGAUCUAUUGGAAUGGAGAUCAGAAUGGGAAUUUGGGCUUGGGAAAUUGCGUAUUGUGAAGCAUAAAAUACUCGCUGCUAUCGAAAUCCAAAAGGGAUUGGGACAAUUAGACUUCACGGUUCCCACUGUACGAAUUGUUCGGGUGGUACCAGGUUAA